UUAGCUUUCUUAGUGUUCUCGAACAAGGCGAUUCAAGCAGAUACAAAGUGCAAUGGAAUACUUGAGUUUUGAUCUGUCGAGCAAAUCGCUCACCUUAAAGAAACGAGGUAUUCUUCCUAAACCAGCGGCAAAUGAGGUUCGCAUUAAAGUCGCAUAUUCUGGCAUCUGUGGAACGGAUCUCCAUAUUCUGGAAGGGUCUUUUCCUUGUAAGAAAGACGAGCCGUUGACUCUCGGACACGAGUUUGUAGGUACAAUUGACGAAAUUGGAUCGGAAGUGACUAUCUUUAAGAUCGGUCAACGCGUCGCGGUCGAUCCUAACAGCGGGUGCAACAAAUGCGAUCACUGUCACAACGCGAAUUAUCAUUUUUGCUCGCUGGGCGGGUUAAACAAUACUAUAGGAAUUUUCAGAGAUGGAGGAUGGGCUACACACGUUACUGUGCCAGAAACGCAGGUGUAUUUACUUUCGGAUGACACUGACAUGCGCCAAGCUGUGCUGAGCGAACCGUUAUCAUGUAUGGCUCACGGUUGGGACAUACUUAAUCCUCUAAAUAUAGGAAGCAAAGUUCUUGUGAUAGGCGCUGGUAUUAUAGGUUUACUAUGGGCCUGUUUGCUUCACGUACAUGGUCUCAGAAAAACUGUGACUAUCAGUGAACCGCAACAAAAGCGCAGAGAAAUUGCCGCCAAUCUCGGUUUAAAUUAUCAAGUGAAAAGUCCGACCGAAGUAAAAGGGGAGUUUGAUUUAGCUGUGGAUUGCAGCGGUUGCGUUCCAGCCAUGGAAGCAGCAGUGCCUUUGUUAGGCCGCGGUGGUCGCUUAUGUGUAUUCGGUGUCGCUAGUCCAAAAGCAAAACUAGCAAUUGAACCGUUUGAGAUUUAUAAGAAGGAGUUAACCAUCGUAGGGGUGAAUAUAAAUCCUUAUACUUUUCCUAAAGGAUUAGCUUUAUUGCAGUCACUGUCUGAGGGAUAUCUUGAUUUCGAUAAAUUAGAAAUCAAACUAUUUUCUUUGUCCGAAUAUAAAGAGGCACUCGAUGCAUUGAAAAAAGGACAGAUAAGCAAGGCCGUUUUCAAGAUGUGAAAUGGAGAGAUCCUAUAUGCAUAACUGAAAAAGAAACACACACUACUUUUGUAAAAUUUUAUUACAUUUUACACAAAUGACAAUACAUGAACACAAUAAUUUUCAAAUAAUAAAAUGAAAUAUAAACGUAAUAAACGAAUAUAUAAAAAAAGUAUAUAAUAGCUAUUCAAUAAUAUUGUUAUAGCCAUAACAUAUUCGAUGGUACAGAAUUGUCACGACGUAUAACCACACUUAUGCUAGAUGUUACAAUUAUCGAAGUAUCGAAGAAUUAAAAAUAUUUAUGAUAUCAGCAAGUAUAAAAUUGUAAAGGGUAUAUAAAAACUUUCGACAACUUUUUUUACUGAGAUUACAUCUCUCUACUAUCGCUUAUUGGAUUAUAUAAUGUUUACAUGUGAUAGACAUUGUUAAAAGAGAUUCCCAUGAUGAUUAUGCAAAUAGAAAUAUGUUCUUGAUGAAAUGCAUUAAAAUAUUAUCUUAUUUCUAUGUAUAUGUGUACGUUAAUGCAUAUAUACGUUUCCUAUAUUUAUACACGUUUAAUUUUUUUACUUCUAAAAUGGAUUACGUUUUAUAUCACGAACAAGGCACUAACAUCAACAUUGUUUUCUUUGUUCAUGACAUAUCAACCUUCUUCGUUGAAAGAGAAGAAGAAUGGGGGAUAAUUCUACUGUCAGAUUCUGCACACAAAUGUUACCAAAUCUGUAUUGUCGAUUUGUAGCUAUUAAUAACCAUCUGAAAGAUAAUAUGAUAAUAUGUUUCAUUUCAUCAUUCUUCACUUUUCCGCGAUCUAUCAGUUGCAAUGACUGAGGCCAAGAUUUUUUUUUCUUAUACUGGGUCCCGCGUUACGUAACAUCCUGUAUAAUUAUAUAUACAGAAAUGUUAGUUUGUACCCUGCCAACAUUUGUACGUCGUUGGCCUCUAUUCAAAAUGAUAUGACUUAGUUUUUAAUAAGAAAAUUAGCAACAAAAA